UUCCAGCUGGGAAAGAGGUGGAACAAUUUAUUUUAAAAAAAUUUUUUAUUGACGUGUAAUUGGUUUACAAUGUGAUAGUUUCAGGUGUACAGUAAAGUGAUUUGGUUAUUUUAUUUGCAUAUAUAUACAUAUAUAUAUAUUUUUAUAUUCUCUUCCAUUAUACAUUAUUACAAAAUAUUGAGUAUAAUUCCCUGUGCUAUACAGUAGGUCCUUGUUGAUUAUUUUAUUUUAUUUUUUAAUUUUUAUUUUCAUUGCUAUUUUUUAUUUUUUUUGGCUGUGUCGUGCGGCUUGCAGGAUCUUAGUUCUCUGACCAGGUAUUGAACCCACACCCUUGGCAGUGAAAGUGUGGAGUCCUAACCACUUGACCGCCAGGGAAUUACCUCUAUUUAAUUAAUUAAUUAAUUAAUUAAUUAAUUAAUUUGCUGCAUUGGGUCUUCGUUGCUGCAUGUUGCGGUGAGUGAGCGAGGGCUACUCUUUGUUGCGGUGCAUGGGCUUCUCAGUGCGUUGGCUUCUCUUGUUGCAGAGUACAGGCUCUAGGCAUGUGGGUUUCAGUAUUCGUGGCAUGUGGGCUCAGUAGUUGUGGCUCGUAGGCUUUAGAGCACAGACUCAGUAGUUGUGGCACAUGGGCUUAGUUGCUCUGCAACAUGUGGGAUCUUCCCCGACCAGGGAUUGAAUCCGUGUUCCCUGAAUUGGCAGGAGGAUUCUUAACCACUGUGCCACCAGGGAAGUCCCUCUGUUUUAUAUAUAGUAGCGAGUGUGUACAUUUAAUCCCAAACUCCUGGGAAAAUCUCUUUUAUUGUUGUCUCAGAUUCAUUUUAUGUUCACUCAUUUAUCCUCUAUAUGCUUAUUGGGCACUUUCUGCAUGCCAAAUCCUGGACAAACUGUUGGGAGUAGAAUGGUGAAUUAUAUGAGCUCACUCCUUGCUCUUAUGGAAUUUCAGGCUAGUUGGGGGAUGUAUAGGGGUGCCCCCGUUGUCCCUUUUGUUCUUAUUGUUCCAGUACAUGUUUGAUAGCAUCUGACUGCAAACAGCUGAACUUCUCUUGUGUGGGCCAGGAGCAACCCUCAAAAAUGAGGGAUUGGGGCUUCCCUGGAGGUUCAGUGGUUAAGACUCCACGCUUCCACUGCAGGGGGCACAGCUUCAACCCCUGGACGGGGAACUAAGAUCUUGCAUGCCGCAUGGCGCUGCCAAAAAAAAAAAAAAAUGAGGGAUGGAUGGGAGUUGGUGGAUAAAUACCCCAGCUCCCUCACCCCUCUGUGGGGGCAAAUCUGAGGUGUGUUCCACAGGCUCUCAGAGGAUGUCCAUCAGGAUUGAGCCCCAGUUGCCCAUGGCCGCAACUUACUCUUCCUCGUUGGAACUUUCUGGAAUGUUCCUUUUUGGAAUGGUCCUACAGGAUAUUUAUGGAAUGAUCUCUCAAAUAAAUUCUUUGCCCUUGAAUCCUUAGCCCAAGAGAAGUUCAUCUUCGCUGCAUGUGUGAGUAGACUUUUGGAGGAAAACCCAAAUAUUUGUUGGGGUGCAAGCAAGUUUGGGGAUCCUUCUUCCUGAGUGCUAUACAGAAGAGGAGAAAGUCAUUCUUCCCACCCAAUUUGCCCACUUUAUCCUGCAACCCUGGCUCUAUGGAAACAGGGCAUUGGAGAUGUGUGUCUCAUAGGGUGAACCCACUUUCAUACCUGGUGGAGCUGACUUUUUCGAAAGCACAUGUGAGACUCUUUCACUCUGGGGGCUCCCUGGAAUGUUUGGUGGAGGCGCGUCAGGUGGAGGAACAGGAAGCCUGCAUCAGUGGUUGGGGAAAAUAACUAGUGGGAUUCAAAGAUUCAUGUGCACGUGACUCCAUUGACCCACAAGAUUUGUGGACACUUGGAUUCACAUCCUAGCUGACUUCUUGACUGAGAAGACAGUGAUAGAACAGCUGUGUGUCUGCUGUUUGCCCCUCCAGAUACACCCUCACACUUCUCUGCUCUGCUCUGUGCGCUGGGAGGAUGACCUGAGUAGAGGGCAUCGGUGGACUCCCGUAUCCUCUUGCUUCCACUUGGGUUUGGGAGAUAAAGGAGAGUCAAGACUGGGGUCCUGGACUCCAGCUCCAGUACUAGAGUUGGAGAGAAGAAGAAAGAGAUUGAGGAGCAGUCAGAGAUGAAGGUUCCUGAGAAGCAGCGGGAAAAUGCCACCUGGCUGGUGACGGAGUUCAUGCUGGUGGGUUUCUCCAACCUCCCAGACCUGAGAACCACCCUCUUUGCACUGUUCUUCCUCACAUACCUGGUUACCCUUAGUGGCAAUGUCACCAUCAUCACCAUCAUUCAUGCGGAUCGGACCCUUCACACUCCCAUGUACCGCUUCCUGGCCGUGCUGUCUCUCUCCGAGACUUGCUACACGCUGGUCACCAUCCCCAAUAUGCUGGCUCAUCUGCUCAUGGAGAGUCAGGCUAUCUCCAUCCCUGGCUGUCAGGCUCAGAUGUUCUUCUUCCUGGGCCUGGGAUGCAGCCACUGCUUCCUCCUUACCCUGAUGGGUUACGACCGCUACGUCGCCAUCUGCCAUCCCCUGCGUUAUUCGGUGAUCAUGAGACCCACGGUUUGCCUCUGCCUGGGAGCCCUGGUUUUCUGCUCCAGGUUCUCAGUGGCUUUGAUGGAGACCAGUCUGAUCUUCUCCUCGCCCUUCUGCGGAAGCCACUUUGUGGAGCACUUUUUCUGCGACAUCGCCCCUGUUCUGAAGCUCAGCUGCGCGGAGAGUGCCAGCAAAGCGCUGGCCAUCUUCUUCCUGAGUAUCCUUGUGGUGCUGGUCUCCUUCCUCCUCAUCCUCCUCUCCUACACCUUCAUCGUGGCCGCCCUCUUGAGGAUCCCCUCAGCAGCAGGCCGGCACAAGGCCUUCUCAACAUGUGCGGCCCACCUCACCGUGGUCAUUGUGCAUUUUGGCUGCGCCUCCAUCAUCUACCUGCGGCCUGAGUCGGGAGGAAACCCAGACCAGGACCGCCUGGUGGCUGUGUUCUACACGGUGGUGACGCCACUGCUGAACCCGGUGGUAUACACUCUGCGCAACAAGGAGGUGAGGGUGGCAUUGAGAAGGACCCUGGCGCGAAGCCGCGGAGUUUUAAAAUAAACACCCACUCUAAGUUCUGGCUCUAGCUAUUUCAUGACCGCCUGCCCUGUGGGACACUCAGUUCCCCCACCUGGAAAACAGAGGCCACUCCCAUAACCUUAAAUGAAAUAGUCUAGGUGAUGCAAUUUACAAACAGUGCCUGAGACCCAGCGUGAACUCCAUAAGGCUGCCCUUUCCCUUCGUCUUCAUUUCCUUGACUUUGCUGGGAUGCAACGUGGUCUGUAGCACAUGAUGGUCUCUAGUGGAGGGGGUCCCUGACACUUCCUGGUGCUGGCGGGCAACGGAAGGCAGUGUUUUAUCCAGCAGUGAACAGGACUUGACACCUGGUCCAGCAUCCUUUUAUUUUGUCUCACUCAGAAGUAGUUCACUUUUUUCGGCGGGGUGGGGGCGGGGGAAAAGAAUGUUUCCCACCCAAGGUUGCUUUUCUUUUUCCUGUCACAUUUAAAUGACGUUUUCAUGAUUAUUGGCCAGCUCUCUUCCUCUUGGAUCCUUUAUUUCUUUGGUAUAUGAUGGGGUGGGGGGAGAAUUUUUAGAAAGUUUUUAUUGUAGUAAAAUAUAUAUAACAAAAACUGUCAUUUUACCCAUGUAAAUUUUCUUCUUGUUGAAUUUUACGAAUUCUUUGUAUAUUUCAGAUGAUAGUCCUUUAUCAGAUAUGUCUUUUGCAAAUAUUUUCUCCCAGUCUGUGGCUUGUCUUCUCAGUCUCUUGAUACUAUUUUUUCCUAGUAUUUAUCACUAAGAUGAUCUUAUUACUUACUGUUUGUCUCCUUUAGACAGUGCAAGGUCUACAUACAACCUCUCACUGCAGUGCAAGGUCCACAAAUAAUGUGCAUUUCCAGUGCAUAGCAUGGUGCCUGGUAUUUUGGAUGCAGUUGACAAAUAUUUGCUGAUUGAAUGAAUGGAUAAGAACCGUUAACAUGUCUAGUUCACUUUAUUCUUUUUGAAAAUGGCAUGAAGCUGUUUUAAGUUCUUCCUUCUUAUUUUUUAAAGCUCAAUUUCAAAUUAUUGCCAUUUUCAUCUUCAAAAUUAAGGAUAAUGGUUAGCCACUUACAAUAGUGUGAGAUGAAUUUCUACUAUUUAACCAAUUUUAAAUGUACAACUCAGUGGCAUUAAUUACAUCUACAAUUUUAUGCAAUCAUCACCACGGUCUCGUUCCAAAACUUGUUUUCAUCCUUCUAAACUGAAAUUGUGUGCCCUUUAAGCAAUAACUCUUCAUUCCGCCCUCUUCCCCAUCCCUGGUAACAUCUAACCUACUUUUUGUCACUAUGAAUUUGCCUAGUCUACGUAUUUCAUAUAAGUGGAAUCAUAUAAUACUUGUCCUGUUGUGUCUGGCUUAUUUCACUUAGCAUAAUGUUUUGAAGUUUCAUCCAUGUUGCAGCACAUAUCAGAAUUUCAUUCCUUUCUAGGACUGAAUAAUAUUCCGUAUUAUUUGAUAUACCAUAUUUUGUUUAUCCAUUCAUCUGUUGAUGGACACGUGUUGUUUCCAGCUGUAUACAUACAUCUGUUUGAGUCCUUGUUUCAAUCUUUAUGGGUUUGUACCUAGGAAUGGAAUUGCUGGAUCAUAAGGUAAUUCUGUUUAACUUUUUAAGGAAUCAUCAAGUUGUUUUUCAUAGUGGCUGCACUAUUUUACAUUCCCACCAGUAGUGUAUUCUCGUUUCCCCACAUCCUUGUCAGCACUUGUUAUUUUCUGGUUUUGAAGAUUUUAGCCAACCUAAUAGACAUGAGGUGAUUUUUGUAGUUUAGUAGUUCACACUUAUUUAAUUAAACAUAGAUGAUGAAUUGAAAUCAUCCAAAUAUCUUCUCUGACCACAAUGGAAUAAAAUGAGAAAUCAGUAACAGAAGGAA